CAGGAAGUCGUCUGUGGUUGUCAAGCAAACUUUUGUUUGGGAAGUGUCUCCAGCCUGUGAAAUGUGAAGAGCAGCUCUUUAAGACGCAGUUUUCUGUUACAGCAAAACAAUUAGCUAGAGAAGACGUGUUAAGUUCGAGAUGAGUUGUUGUCCUGGGCCCGUGGCCCGGAAGGACCGGCCCGGUUCGGCGCGGGUCCUGGUGACCGAGCUGAGUGGAUCGGGUCAUAUCAACCCAACCCCGACCACUAAACCCUGCGAGGACCCAGAGACAGAAGUGGAGCUUCACCUCUCUGCAGAGAAGCUGAAAUCACUAUGUGGAACUGGGGACCUCGAUCUCGUGACCUCGCUGGAGAUGUGCGUAGACACACAAGAAACUACGCUGGCCUACUUUGGUGCCCUCUUGCCCAAGCUUGUUCAGCUGAAAAUGAACAACAGCGUGAUCAUGUCAGUGAGAGACUUGGGAACAACCCUCUCCCAUCUGCAGGUGCUGUGGAUGUCUCGCUGCUGCCUACAAGACCUAGAUGGCAUUUCUACUUUGUCUUGUCUGAAGGAACUGUAUGUGGCCUAUAACAGCAUAUCACACCUGAGUCAGCUCGGCAUGCUGGAGAACCUGCAGCUGUUGGAUCUGGAAGGGAAUGAUGUGGAUGAUUUAGUCCAGGUCCAGUAUCUGGGGUUAUGUAACAAACUCCAGAAACUCACACUGGAGGGAAAUCCUGUGUGUGUGCGCCCAACCCCCACUGCCACUCAGACGUCAGACUAUAGAUAUCGGGCUGCAGUGAGGGAGUUGGUCCCUCAGCUUCAUUACCUUGACAAUAUAAGGAUUGAGGAUGACGGGCUGAGCUGCAGCAGCGUCAUGGGAGAAGACUGGGCCAUUCUCCGAAACUCCAUCAGAGACUGUAGCUCCUCCCAAAGCGCCACUGAGGACGAGGAGACAGCCGAGGGUGCUUGGCCGGACAGCAGACCCGGCUCCGCCAGGCGCCCUGUUUCCAGCCGCUCCUGUGUCUGGCCACUCUCAUCAGAGGGCUCCAGACCCCACACUGGCUCCAGACCCAUGUCAGCAACCAGGUCCAGAGUACUCACCCCUCCUGGAUCCAGACCUGCUUCUGCAGACUCUGAUAUAGCAGCAGUGGAAGCAGAAACCAGCAUCCUGACACAUGGAGCUGGUAAGAUCGUGUACUGUGGAAACCCAGUCCAAGCUAUUCGAGCGAGGCGCGAGAAGUUGAAGACGGCACCCACCAAGUCUACUUUUACCCCCCGCGACCUGCUCAUUCACGUACCAGAGCACACGUACGACCUUGAGGAGCCUGAUGUUAGGGAACGUGGUGAUGUAUUUGCUGAACUCAGAGCUUGGCGGGAGCAGCACAGCAGGCGUCUCAAGGCCAUAGAGACGGAACGAUUACCACAGGUCCUGGCUAUUCAACACAGUGAAGACGAAGAGGAGGGAGAUGAUGAUAAUGAUGAUGAUGAUGAUGAUGAUGAAGAGGAAGGUUUUGGUAGGAUGGGGAAUGACAGGAGUGAUGAAGAACAUGGAGGGGAGAAGUGUGGUGAAAGUCAAGAUACUGCUUCUCCAGAUUCCUCGUUUCAGUCUCUCUCUCCAGACCUGCAUCACGGAGAAGCCGUAUCCCCUGACGUGGCUCAGCUGUCCCUGUCCUCAGACACCUCGCUGUCCCCUUCUCCCCCUGUCAGUGCCGCAGCAGCUCCUGCUAAUCGCAAACCGCAAGGGUUUCGUGCACGUCGGCUGCGACUCACCCAGACCGACUCAGAACAUUUACCUGUUUCCAGCAAAGCAAGGUGCUUCCACCAGAUAGGCACAGCAGCAGGAAACAAAGAGCGGACACUCCAGCAGGUCCAGCAGGUGACCAGGACAAGGUUACCUCAGGUUGCACACAUACACCGCCCGCCACCAACAAGUGCCCUGGCUGACGGGCUUAUGGAUCCAUGUGUGGACAUGGACCUCUCCAGUGCACAGUCUGGCAACAAGCCCCGCCACGUCCCUCAGAUGUUCGAACUCCCGCACAGGCCAGCAAUCACUCGUGCUCACACAGCCAGGGCCGCUCUGCAGAAACAUCACCCACACCACACACUCCAGCCCUGCAGAGGGAGCUCACACCCAGACUGACACCAGAAAUGGGCUGAUGUGUGGCUGCCUUGCCAGUGAUGAAUAUGAAUAGUGUGUUAUUGUUCCUUACCAUGAAAAACAGAGUGUUAAAGCAGGGGAGGCCAUUCCAGGAGACUUUGUUCUGAACCUCUCUCGCACCAUGUUUUACCAGUGGAUUACCAGUAUUUUUCCAUCUUUUACAAAACAGAUACAGUAAAUAUUGAAAGCAGCAACUCUACUGUUGGAACCAACACACCAGCAUCCUUUCAAAUAAGUAACACGAAUGUGAUCUGAGGAUAUGAUGUCAUGACACAAUCCCUCUUUUAGAAUGAAUGUUGGGUUCAAUCAAUACCUCACAUUUGUAUUUCUAAUGUUGAAAUGUUUCAUUAUUAAAACUCAA